AUGAUACCAGGCCUGCUGAGCUCCCUUCGAGAAGAAGUGGAGGUAUGGAAGGCCAAGUUUCAGGAGCAAGUGGAGGCCACGGCCGCAGCUGCAGGAGCCGCUGAGCCCGGCGACGCCGACGGCCUGGAGCAAGCUCUAAGUGAUGCGGCCCAGGCGCAGGAGGAGGCCUCGCGGUGGAAGGAGAAGGCGGUAGCCGCUCAGGAGCUUGAGGUGCGAUUCCUGGGGAUGGAGGAAGAGCUCCAACAGACGAAGGCAUCAGGCGAGCUUGCCCAGGAGAAUCUGAAGGCGUCGCAUCAGGAGGAGUGCGCGCGGCUGGAGGCCGUGGUCGAGUCUCUGCGGCAGGAGGUCUCCGCCUCCGAGGCCCAGCGGCAAGCGUCCGCUGCCGAGGCCGCGUCCAAGAGCCAGGAGCAGGUGGAGAGUUUCCUCAGGGACGCUGGCUCGCUGGAGCACCGGCUAGUCGGGGUCCAGCAGGAGAGGGACGAGGCGGUCGCGCGGGCCUCCCAGCUGGAGGAGCAGGCGCGACGCCUGGAGGAAGCGGCGGUCGAGUCUCGCGAGGCCGCGGAGGACGGGGAGUCGGCGCUGAGGGAAGAGGCGGCACGGGAAGCCGCGGAGUCUCGCCAAGCCGCGGAGGCUAGGGAGUCGGCGCUGCGGGAAGAGGCGGCGGCGGCGGAGGCGGAGGGGGCUUCGCGGCUGCAGCGGGCGGUGGCGGAGGCGGAAGAGCUCCGGUCGGAAGUCGACCGGCUGCGUGAAGCGGCGGCAGAAGCUGCUGCUGCUGCCGCUGCUGCUGCUGUGAAGGAAACAGAGGAGGAGGAGGAGGAGGGUGAGAGUAAGCGGACAGCAGCAGCAGCGGCGGCAGCGGCGGCGGCUGACGAACUCGCGAGCGCUAGGGCGGAGGUCGAUGAGCUUCGAGCAAAGGUGGCGGCCGUUGGAGAGAUGGUCGCCUCAGCCAACAGGGAAAGGGAUGAGGCGGUGUCGACCAACACCGAUGCGGCGGCGGCGGCGGCGGCGGCAGCGGAGGCGGCGGCGGGAGCGGCAGCGGAGGCGGAGGCCGGGUUGAAGGGAGAGCUGGAAGCAUCCCGGGCGGAACUGGAAGGAGAAAGGGAGAGGGUAGCCUGUCUGGGGCAGGAGCUCCGCCAAGCCUUCAAGGACAAGGAGGAAGCGGAAGCGCGCGCCGACGCCGCGUCGCAAGACCUCGCGACCAGCUCGGCGGCGCUACGGGCCGAGCGCGACGCUCUGAGCGCUCGCCUCGCCACCGCCGAGGAAGAAGCGGCGGCGGCAAUGGCACGGAAGCUAGAGGAGGAGGAGGAGGAGCCCCCGCCGCCGGAAACGGAAGCGCCUUCGGUGGGAGACGGCGAGCGGCCGGAGGAAGCGGCGGCGGCGGCGGACGCUGGGCAGGAAGAGGAAGAAAUAGCGGCCUUGCGAGCGAGGUGCGAGGAGCUGGAGAUCGGAGCCGCGGUGGCUUCCGAAAAGAUCGCUGCCCUAGAGGCGAGGGUCAGGGACGUGGACGCUGUUUCAUCAUCCACGGCAGGGGAUGCCGCCGCCGCCUCCGCCGCUGCUCCUGAAGAAGAAGCCUCGGGGGGCGAUCGGGGUCAAGGCGAAGACGGGGAUGCCACCACCACCACUGUCGUCGAGACAACGACGCCGGGGGUCACAUCCGAGGCGGCGACGGACGACGGGGAAGAGGAGAGCGUGGCUCAGCUGGAGUUGCUAAAGAAGCGUUUGCGUGAGGUGAAGGAGGCCGCCAAGGAACCCGCUAGAGAGAAGGAAGGCGUGGUUGCUGGUCUGCGCGAAGAGCAGGCCGCGUUGAACUCCCGCGUGCUCGAGCUCACCGCCGAGGUUGCGGCGGCGAGAGAAGCGUUGUCGGCGUCGCAGGAGUGUCUCGAGAGGGAGAGGGAGGACGGGCUCCGGCAGGCCCGGCAGCUGACCGAGCGCGCCGAGGCGGCGGAGCAGGCGGCGGAAGAAGCGGCAGCGGCGGGGCAAGAGCGGGAGCGGGACCUCGAGGAACAGAGGGAGAAGGCGGCGGCGGCAGCGGCGGCAGCGGCGGCGGCGGAAGCAGCAGGGCAAGAGCGGGAGCGGGAUCUCGAGGGACAGAGGGAGAAGGCGGCGACGGCGGCGGCGGCCGCGGCAGCGGAAGCAACGGCAGCGGCGGAAGCGGUGGGGCAAGAGCGGGAGCGGGACCUUGUGGAACAGAGGGAGAAGGCGGCGGCGGCGGCGAGUGCGGCGGCGGCGGAGGCGGAAGAGGCCUUGGGGGCGUUGCGGCAGGAGAAGGCUUCGCUGGAAGGUCGACUGGAGGAGGCCGCCGAGGAGACCAGCCGCUUGCGGCAAGAGCUGACCGCGGCGAUAUCGGGGUCGACAGCGUCUCAAGAAGGAGCCGCCGAGGCGGUGGCUAAGGCGGAGGGGGAGCGUGCCGCGCUCGAGGAGCAGGUGGCCGGUCAGAAGGACAAGCUCAAGAAGGCGGCGGCAAGGCUUCGGUCUCUCAAGGAGGAAAGAGAUGCCGCCACCGAGAAGGUCGCCUUCACGUCGGCUCUCCUGGAAACUUCCGAGAAAAAUCUGGCGGAUGCCGAGGCGCGCAGCCGCUCCCUCGAGGAGGCUGCUGGGGGCGAGGAACAGGUGGCGGCGGCGGCUCUGCGAGAUGCGGAGGGGAGGGCGGCGGCCUCUGCGGAGGCUUUGGCCACGCUGGAGCAAGAGGCCUCGGGGCUUCGCGAGGAGCUGGCAAACGCCGCCUCUCGCCUUCGGGAGGCAGAGGACCUGUUGCGAAGCACCUCCGAGGAGUCGAUGGUCCUCAGGCAGGGGCUGGAGGAGCGGUGCCAGCGACUGGAGGAGAGCGCUGCGCGAGCACCCGCCCUAGAGGCCGACCUAGCUGCUGAGCGCUCCGGUCGGAGGGAGCUCGAGGUGGAGCUGGAGAGCCUGAAGGCGGGGGCCAGGGAGCUGGAGAGCCUCAAGGAAGGCACUGCGAGGGAGAGCGAGGAGAUCAUGGGGGCCCUUCAGGGUCAGGUGGACGCCGCCAACAAGGAGCGCGACGCGGCUGUAGCCGGGCUCGAAGCCGCGGAGCAAGAGAAGGAGAGCAGCAAGACAAGGCUCAAGGAUCUCUUCGCCAAGUACAAGGCCGUGCAAGCGGUAAGAGGAAGAGAGAGCGUCGAGCGUUUCCUCUGUUGGUUCGGCGUCGUUGUCGUUUUGCAUUGA